AGUUAAUGAUUUGUCGAACCCAGUUUUGGAACCAAUCACACUGUCCUCUGGUGCCAUGUGCAGUUAGAUAACACAGAGGGAGAGAGAUUGUCCACAAGACGAAGAAAGAAAAGGAGGCAAAAAAGAAAAAAACGCAGGACAGAAGAAAGAUGAGGACCACCUUUGGCCUUCUCCUUGUUCUUCUCCUCCAGCAGCGUGACAGUGCUGAGGAGGAGCCUGAAGUAAACCCACACCUCACCAGACCAGGCUCUGCUCCACAGCCCUACAAAUCCGCCCGUGACCGUCUGUCUGAGGAGUGUCUGAAUGAGAAGUACACACGUCUGUCCUGUUCUAAAGUGUUCUGCCCGCCGUGGAGGCGCUGCGUCAAUGGAAAGUGCGUCUGUAAGCUGCCCUAUCAGUGUCCACGCCUGGGCAGAGCUGUCUGUGGACUGAAUGGACAGUCCUACAUCUCCUUCUGUCAGGCACAAGUAGACGCCUGCAGGAGCAACACAGCGGUGUUCUCUCACUACGGCCCCUGUGGCGAAGAUGUUUUUAAGGUGGAGCUAAAGAAAUCCGGUGAUCGAGAGGUGGUUCAAGUGGAAACUGAAAAAGGAAAAGCUCUGAUUUGUGGAGCUAAAUCGUGGGACAUGGCUGCAGCUAAUGUUAUCUGUCGCAGCCUGAAAGCAGAAGCCAGACAUGCAGUCCCACCUGUGCAGCUUUCUGCUCAGAAGAUGACGAUUAAGGAUCUGGAGGUUGGCCAUCAAUGGCCAUCUCAGUGCAUGAGUGUGAGCUGCACAGGAUCUGAGUACUCCCUGGCUGAAUGUACCAUCUAUGAGCCUCAGGACGUGGAGGAGGAUACUCAGAUUGCUGCCUUUACCUGCUACAAGAAACCCCAAGAUGAUGACGCGUGUCCGGAGUUCCGCUGUGUGAAUGAGAAGUGUAUUUUGUGGAAACACACCUGUGAUGGAGUCGAUGACUGUGGAGAUAACAGCGAUGAGAUGUGCUGCAAAGAGUGCCAGAGUGGGGCGUUCCUCUGUAAGUCUGGAGUGUGUAUUCCGGGCCGUGCUGUUCGGGACGGGAUCAGAGACUGUCUCGGAGGAGACGAUGAAGUCCCCACUGCUGCAGUGGGACCUGCUCCAAACUGGACAACAAUUCUAACACCACUACAAAAAUGUAUUGAGACUGUCUGGUGGAGCCCAAAGAAUGAUAUCCUGCAGGUUCGUAACUACACUGAGAGUCAGCUGGAAUGCGGUAUUCCCAACCCGGAUUACGUUCACAGGACGAGCGAGCACUCCCGUUUCAUCCGCAGAAAACGAAUGGUGGGAGGACAGGAGGCCUUACCGUGGCAGUUCCAGUGGCAUGCAGCUUUGACGGAGGAACACAGGUUCCGCUGUGAGGGGGUCUACCUGGGGGGCUGCUGGGUUCUGACUGCUGCCCACUGUGUCAGGCCGAAACCUGAGUUAUACCGGGUUAAGUUGUCUUUGUGGAAGAAGACUGAACCGUUGGUCACAACGGACGUCGCUCCAGUGAAGAACAUCAUCAUCCAUAAAGAUUACAACCCACGCACCUACCAGAACGACAUCGCGCUGGUGCAGCUGGAGGAGUUAGCGCACUCGAAAGAGUGUUUAUUGCCCAACCCUGCAGUUCGGGCCGUGUGUGUGCCGUGGUCCACUCUGCAGUUCCAGGAUGGAGACACCUGCACCAUCUCCGGCUGGGGCAAUAACAGAAAGGGACACAGGUCAAAUGUUCUGAAAUGGACCAAUGUGACGAUUACUGGAAACUGCAAGAACCACUACAAGGAGAGGUUCUUUGAUGGAAUGGAGUGUGCAGGUAAUGUGGACUCAUGUCAUGGCGAAUCCGGGGGUCCGCUGGUGUGUAAGGACGCCAGCGGGCUGUCGUACGUGUGGGGCAUCGUGAGCUGGGGGGAGAAGUGUGGGGACGCUGGUUUCCCCGGCGUUUACACUAAAGUGGCCCACUAUUUUGAAUGGAUCCGCUUCCACACCGGCAGGCCUGCGGUCACCAAGUACAACCAGUGAGGAAGAACAGAACUUUACAGAGCCCACCAAACCCUGCUUUACUCUUCAUUCACAGGUAUACACAGUACACAGACGGAUGUGAGGUGUCGCUUUAGUAGGUUAUGAGGCUGUUUACUUCUGUGGAUGCUUGUUUUGGAAUGGAAUGCUGUUUAUUAACAUUGUAUAAGGAAAAUUCUUUGUUUCCAUUAAAAUGUUCACAGACCAA